AUCAGAUGAAAUCGGAGCUGCAGGAACAGAAGCAGCGUAAACGAUUCCUGAAGGAGUUACACGCGAAACGUGUACAAUCCUUGCGAAAGGAACUCGACUAUCUUAAGGCAACGGAGUGGCGAUAUCAGCCGAUAGAUCGAUACUUAGACAGGAGUCAAAGAAAUUAAAGAUGCUGUCGUUACUUUAUAAUGGACUUCAGUAUGCUCUAAACUACAAAAAUUUGAAUAAAAUUGUAGAAGAAGACAUAGAUCAAGUCAUAGCUCGUAUAGAAAGUGCAAAGGAAGCCGAAACAGAUCUAAUUGAAAAGAAAAAGAAAGCACAGAACGAGGAGGGAUGUUACUACAAACUGGGAAGUAUUACCCGCAUUGCUACAGAUUACAUUCUAAUAGAUGAUUGCCAUGUGUAUGAAAAGAUUGACGACUCAACUAAUAAUCUGAAAAUAGGUGACAAAGUUUACUAUCUGCUGUACAUACGGGACUCGAAUGCAGAACCGAAAGUACGGAAAAUUAUCAGUGUGAUAGAUCCGUGUGACAACUGGAACAACUCAAAUAUCAAAUUAGAGAAUGCUCACACUCAUAUGAUUCCGAGAAGCGUAAUUGCCAAAGUGACAAAACGCGAAGGCCGAAUAGCUAUCGUUGAGCCGAAUAAUAUUCGUAUUGACCUAUCCAAAGUACGAUCCGAAUUUGUUCCCUUGAUUGGCGAUUGGUUGACGUUAGAGUCUCUGGUUGAAUUGAACGAGGAUUCUGAGGAUUUAAGUGGUGAAAUUUUGGAAGUCGAUAGAAUCAAACCGUUACGAUCUAUGCUACAUGUCGGCGUGAUAUCGAAGUAUAAUCCGGAAAAUGGAGUGGGAAUAAUUAAUAAACAGGUGAUUUUUCAUAAGCGCGCCUGUGGCCUAGGCUACAUUCCUUGUAUCGGUGACAACGUGGUGAGCGACAGCAUAGAGAGUGAUCAAGGACAGUAUAUUUGGAGAUCGGUGGCUGUAGUUCCAUUAUUUGAGGUUCCGAAUAAAUCCGUUCAAUUACCAAGCAUAAGCAAUAUUUCUUCCACAGUAAAUACCGACAACUUAUUAAAAAAUAAAUAUGGUAUUGUCGUAGACGACGAAUUAAACUUCAAUUUGAAUGUAGGAGAUGAGAGCAUCCUGGUAGUUUCGAUACGAAAUAAUGGCACUUAUACUCAUUUGUUGCAAGGUGGUUCUUUCGCGUUGCAAAAAAGUCCAUCUCAGUUGUCACUGGUGUCGCCAACAAAUACAAACAUUAGCACAGUGAUAAAUCCUUCCGAGAGCGUUACUUAUACUUUCAAAUGCAAGGCGAAAUUUGUCGGCACGUCCGAGGAGAUGUUUACCUUUAAUUUCAAAGAUUUCCAGAUAGCUAGAAUGUUUCACAUAACUGUCAAUGUAAAGAACAUUUCACAAAGGACUUCUGUAUCUACUAUACAAAAAACUGAGAAAGUUAAUUUACCUGAUCUGAAUGAGUUACUUGAAAAUACAUGUAUUCCUGGGAUAAGACCAACCAAAACACCUGCGUUUAUCAAAGUACGCAGUGGACAGUUUAGAGUACCACAAUAUAUUUGGAGCUUGGUCUUGGAUAUUAUGCAGAAUGAAAAAUCACAGAGAGAGUGUGAGAUUACUUUUGAAGAACAGAUACCUUGUCUUCAAAAACCGCUUUCCUUUGCGACGUAUAAGGAUCGUUUCCACAUUUUAUUGUACCUAGAAGAGAUAGCACUAACGCUCUAUUUGCAAAAAUUUGACAUAAAAAGCGCGGUUAUGCGACGAUGCGGUGAUUAUCUUGUGCUCGAAGUGCCAGGAUUGUCAGAGAAAAGGCCUUCUCUUCUUGUUGGCGAUAGAGCUAUAAUAUCUUUUCAGUGGGAUAGUUCUCAAGGUAACUUAAAAUAUGAAGGUUUUAUUCAUAAAAUCAAAAGUACAGAAAUUUUUUUGAAAUUUAAUGAAAGGUUUCAUCAAGAAUACCAUGGCGAGGAUUGCCAAGUGACAUUUAAAAGCUCGUACGGUACCAUUCAACGUAGUCACAAUGCCGUUAAUUUAGCUAUUAAUCGUCUUGGACCUGAUUUUCUAUUUCCUACCAAAGUAAUACAAAAAGAGCCGCAAUUUAAUUUAGAGGAGUAUGAGAUCGAAAAUAAAUCUAUUUACACGCCAGUUCGUAACAAACAGGAUAAAUCUAUAUCUACUGACUGUUUCAAUUCCUCUAUCACUUCUAUCGAUGAUACAACCUUUGAUAAUAUUGCCAAAACAACUUCGAAAAUCUUGAUAGCAGAAAGACUAAUGAAUAUGCAAUCUAUUGAAGAGACAACGACAUCGAUUACGAGAAUAAAUCCAAAUUUUAAAACAAAUUUGACAAGAAAUGUUAACGGUAAUGUUGCUAAUAGUACCAUUUCAAGGACGCCAAAUGAGUCGACCGCUCAGAUUAAUGAUGACAAAUUAAAACCAUAUAUUAGUCAAAUAAAAAAACGAAAAUUAAAUUGGUUCAAUAAACGACUGAAUUAUUAUCAAAAAGAAGCUGUGAAGAAUAUAAUAUUGGGAUUGGCGCGCCCGCUACCCUAUGUUAUAUUCGGCCCGCCUGGAACAGGGAAAACAGUGACCAUAUGUGAGACGAUUUUACAACUUUUGACCACGAUCCCCGAAAGCAGACUUCUCAUCGCAACGCCGUCGAACAGCUCAGCAAACCUAAUAACGGAACGUUUAUUGGAUAGUAACAUACUUAAGCCAGGCGAUUUGGUUCGACUGAUAGCUCACCAUUGUUUGGACAGUGAUUACAUACCCGAAAAAUUGUUACCUUAUUGUGCUACGGCAGAUAUAGCAGCAGAAGGAACAACUGAUCGCUUCUAUUAUCACGAGAAUGGAACGAGAUUGAACUGUACUAUAUCCGUACUCGGUCGCCAUAGAAUUACUAUCGGCACCUGCAGCGCAUUAGGAACAUUAUACAAUAUGGGCUUUCCCCGUGGUCACUUCUCGCAUGUUCUAGUCGAUGAGGCCGGUCAAGCGACCGAACCGGAGAUCAUGAUUCCCUUGAAUUUCAUUCAUUCCGAUCACGGCCAAGUGAUUCUCGCGGGUGACCCGAUGCAACUUGGCCCUGUCGUGAUAAGCAAACUGGCGUUGAAUUUGGGAUUCGGCGAAUCGUUUCUAUCGAGGCUUUUACAGCAGUUUCCUUACCAAAGGGACCCUGAAGGAUUCGAAACCGGUUACGAUCCCAGACUCGUUACGAAACUUAUAAUAAACUAUCGGAGUUUACCAGAGAUACUGGAUGUACCGAACAGACUGUUCUAUGAGUCGGAAUUACAGCCACAAAUAUCAUCUCAGAAUAGUGAGGAAGCUAAAUUAUUGGAAAUGCUGCGAGCAGAAUUGCCCGAGAGAGAUGGAUCGCCACCGGCCGUAAUUUUUCAUGGGGUCAAUGGUGAGAAUUACAGAGACACCAACAGUCCAAGCUGGUAUAACCCUGAAGAAGCGACCCAAGUGUAUCUCUAUUUACUUAUGUUGUACAAAUAUGGGCUCGAGCCAGAUGAUAUAGGAGUUAUAACCCCUUAUCAACAACAGGUGCAACAAAUCCGAGAUCUGCUGUUAGAGUUAGAUCUGAAAUUACCAAAGAUCAGUAGCGUGGAAGGAUUUCAAGGCCAAGAGAGAAAAGUAAUCAUUAUUUCAGCUGUCAGAUCGUGCAACAAUUUAAUUGACGAGGACAUCAAACAUUCCAUGGGCUUUGUUGCUUCACCCAGAAGACUCAACGUCGCGAUCACUCGCGCUCGUGCAUUACUUAUCGUACUAGGAAAUCCAAAAUUACUCAUUUUAGAUCCGUCUUGGAGGAGCAUUCUAACUUAUUGUAUUAAUCAUGGUGGAUAUACAGGAUGUAAUUUUUAACUUUCGCAGAUAAUAAUUUUUGAAAACGCAAAUAAUGUCUCUAAUAAUAAUUAAAUAAGAUUGAAAAAUAUUUAAUAUAUUUAUAUUAAAGUAUAAUCAUGUAACUCUACAAUUGCAUUCAUAAUAUAAAAAUAAUUAGAAUUCUAUCUUAAUCUAGUAUAACAGUGACCAAGUGUGAUUCUCUCACACGCUAUUGUUACAAUCGAGCUUCCAGUUUACAAGAAAUUAAAGUUAUGAAUUUGUUUAAACUCCGAAUAUAAAAUAGCUGUUUUUUAUUUUUUAAAACUUUAUAAUCAUAUACCAUCUAAUAGGAUGGCCAAUAAUGAUUUCUAAUUUUAAAAAUAUAAUUUAUAAAGGUAUGGAUAAUAUAUAUAAUAAAUAAAUACAAUAUCUUUCUCUUAUAAAA